UUACAGACGUCAAUUGCUGUACAACAUCAUAGCUACGCUGUUGGCAUCACCUUUUACAGUGGACUUCUGCUGUUGUGGGCCUUUAAUCAUCUGUCUGACUUUGUUGUUCACACAGGAGAGAUACGGGACUAUCGUGGAUCCUCUGGGGAGCCUCAACAACCUCAUGAUGCUGAAGAGGGAGAGAAGGGUCUCUCCAGAUCAGAACACCUCAAUAAACACCUGCAGAGACCCACAGUGAAGAAAACUCACUGCUGCUCUGACUGUGGGAAGAGAUUCACCUCAUCAGGCAUUACAAUUCAUCAGAGAAUACACACAGGAGAGAAAUCUUACAGCUGUGAUCAAUGUGGGAAGAGUUUUACAACAUCUGGCUCUCUGACUCUACACCAGAGAACACACACAGGAGAGAAACCUUAUAGCUGUGAUCAAUGUGGGAAGAGAUUUGCUACAUCUGGCUCUCUGACUAUACACCAGAGAACACACACAGGAGAGAAACCUUAUAGCUGUGAUCAAUGUGGGAAGAGUUUUAGUCAAUCUGGAGAUCUGACAGUGCACCAGAGAACACACACAGGAGAGAAACCUUAUAGCUGUGAUCAAUGUGGGAAGAGUUUUACUACAUCUUGCCAUCUGACUCGACACAAGAGAACACACACAGGAGAGAAACCUUAUAGCUGUGAUCAAUGUGGGAAGAGUUUUACUACAUCUGGCUAUCUGACUCUACACCAGAGAACACACACAGGAGAGAAACCUUAUAGCUGUGAUCAAUGUGGGAAGAGAUUUGCUACAUCUGGCUCUCUGACACUACACCAGAGAACACACACAGGAGAGAAACCUUAUAGCUGUGAUCAAUGUGGGAAGAGGUUUUGUCAAUCUGGAGAGCUGACAGUGCACCAGAGAAUACACACAGGAGAGAAACCUUAUUUCUGUGAUCAAUGUGGGAAGAGGUUUGUUCAAUCUAGCCAGCUGACUCAACACCAGAGAAUCCACACAGGAGAGAAACCUUAUAGCUGUGAUCAAUGUGGGAGGAGUUUUACAACAUCUAGCCUCUGACAGUACACCAGAGAAAACACACAGGAGAGAAACCUUAUAGCUGUGAUCAAUGU